CCCAACAGUAGUCGUGGACUUCACAGUCAAAAUGUUGAUCAUUUGGCCUAUUAUUUGUGUUGCAUUGAUAUUAUUUAUAUUGAAAUAUGUCUUCGGAAGCUCCGGACCAAACCCCUUUGAGAAGGACACUCGAGAACCGUUAAAAAAGAUGGUUCACGAUAGGAAAGAGAAGAAUAAAGUACUGAAGCAAGGUUUCCUGGCCAGUAAGAUACCAGAGAACCUGGAUGCAAUCGUCAUCGGCAGUGGCGCUGGUGGGCUUGGGAUUGCUGUGCUGUUGGCUAAAGUUGGAAAGAAAGUGCUGGUUUUGGAGCAGCAUGACCGGGCUGGAGGAUGCUGUCACACGUUCACAGAGAAGGGCUUUGAGUUUGAUGUUGGAAUCCAUUACAUUGGUGAGCUGUUGGCGCACAAGCCAUUUCGCUGCAUGCUGGACCAGUUGACCAACGGACAGCUGCAAUGGGAGCCUCUGGAGAACCCUUUUGACCAUGUUGUCCUAGGACCUCCAGAAAAUCGACGCUGCUACCCCAUCUACAGUGGUCAUACUCGCUUUCCAGAGGAGCUAAAGAAGUGUUUCCCUGGAGAGGAGAAGGCAAUCGAUGAGUACACGAGGCUGGUCAAGAAAACUGGGAAUGCCGUUUGGUUCCUUGCUGUGCUGAAGCUCUGCCCCCUCCCAUUGGCUAAGUUCCUGAUCUACACAGGCCUCAUCAGACAUCUGUCUUUCUUCUUUAAAAUGGCCUCCCGCAGCCUAACAGACGUGGUCAAUGAGCUGACAGAGAACAAGGACCUCAGAGCUGUCUUUACUUACAUCUUUGGCACCUAUGGUAACAUUCCAAAGGAUGCCAGCUUUGGCAUGCACAGCUUGCUGGUCGCUCACUUCCUCAAUGGCGCCUGGUACCCUAAAGGAGGCGCCAGUGAAAUUGCCUACCACAUGAUCCCCAUCGUUGAGAAGGCAGGGGGUGCUGUUCUGGUUCGAGCCCCAGUCAACCGUGUCCUGUUCAACGAUGCCAAAGAAGCUUACGGUGUGAGUGUGUUGAAAGGCCAGGAGGAAAUUCAUGUCCAUGCCCCAGUGGUCAUUUCUGACGCUGGCAUCUACAACACCUAUGAGAAGCUGCUGCCCAAAGAGCUCCAGGCCAUGCCUGCUAUCCAGAAGCAGCUCAGUAUGAUGAAGCACGGUGAUGGUGGCCUGAGUAUCUUCAUUGGUUUGAAUGGAACCAAGGAGGAAUUCGGCCUAAAAGCAGACAACUACUGGAUCUUUCCUGAGAACAAUUAUGAUGAACUGGUGGAGAAAUACAUGAAUGGAGAGAGAGAGGAGUCUUCUAAGAAGAUACCUCUGGUGUUUGUCGCGUCUCCAUCAGCUAAAGAUCCGACCUGGGAGGAGAGAUCACCUGGAAAGUCUACUUUGAGUCUGGUCAGUUUUGCCAACUAUGCGUGGUUUGAGGAGUGGAAGGAUGGAAAAGUUACGAGCAGAGGGCCAGACUACAAAAGUCUGAAACAAGCGUUCAUUGACUCGGCUCUGGAGGUGGUCAUGGAUGUGUUCCCCAAGAUCACCAGAGACAAGAUUGAAUACAUCGAUGCAGGAACCCCACUCACAAACACACACUAUAUUGGAGCUCCCAAAGGUGAAAUAUACGGAGUAGAUCAUGGCCUUGCUCGAUUCAGCCCUGAACUCAGUGCUACACUAAGGCCUCAAACGCCCCUGAAGAACCUCUUUCUGACAGGCCAGGAUGUGUUUUUGUGUGGUUUCGCCGGUGCCCUUGCUGGAGCUCUCACCUGCGGCUCAGUCAUUCUCAACCGCAACCUCCAUCUUGACACCAUUGCUCUGCCAAAGAGGACAAAAUCUAUUAACAAUAAAUUGAAAGGGGAGUAACUGCUGAUAUACUGUAACUAAGUAGUGAUGUGCUGCAUCUUUACAGCUCAAAGCCUCACAGAAAGUUGUGUCUGUGCUUUGAUCUUUUCACGCCUUCACUAAUUUUAUUGUAUUGCCUCAGUUUGGUUAAACUGUAAUAUGAGACAUGUUGCAGGUUUAUUAAUGAGGAUGUUGAGCUUUUAGCCUCAGUCAUUCAAACAUAAGGAAUAUAACACUGUUUGAGUUAAUUUAUGUAAAUUUAUUGUUUAAUUGUACUUCGGUAUGUGCCUAAUUAUACCAUUUAUUUACAAACAAUACAUUUGUUAUAAUCUCA